AUGAGAGCUGCCACUCUUUUAUCCCUUGUCUCCUGCAUACCGUUCGUUUAUACACAAGGUUCUUCAUCAGGAGUUUCCUCAACGGCAUCCACUGCAAUCGCGCAACCAACUGCGAACAUUUCCCCCGACUGGCUUGCAGCCAUCUCCAAGGCGAAGAAUGCUGUCAAGAAUCUGACACUCUCGGACAAAGUCAACCUUGGGACUGGUCAUUUCUUAGAAGUGCAUAUAGGUCCGUGCAUUGGAAACACGCCGGCUAUCUCGAAGAUAGAUUAUCCGGGACUUUGCCUCGAGGACUCUCCACUUGGUGUGCGCUCUACGGACAAGGUAUCUGCAUUUCCAGCAGGAAUAAAUGCAGCAGCAACCUUCAAUAGAGACCUAAUAUACAAGCGUGGUGCAGCAAUUGGAGCGGAGCAUAAGGGCAAAGGUGUCAAUGUUGCUCUUGGACCAAUGAUGAACAUCAUGCGUGCACCUGCUGCGGGAAGGAACUGGGAAGGCUUCGGAGGAGAUCCUUAUCUUUCCGGUGAAGCUGCUUAUGAAACAAUCCGAGGCACCCAAUCUAUCGGCGUACAAGCUUGUGCGAAGCACUUUAUUAACAACGAACAAGAGCAUUCUCGAGAACAGGCUUCUUCCAAUGUUGACGACAGAACGCAACAUGAGAUUUAUGGACUUCCGUUCCUUCGAAGUGUACAAGCUGGUGUAGCAUCAUUCAUGUGUAGCUACAGUAAGAUUAAUGGUACAUACGCAUGCGAGAAUGACAAAAUGCUCAAUGGUGUCUUGAAAGGCGAAUUUGGUUUCCCUGGAUAUGUUAUGUCAGACUGGUUAGCGACCCAUUCGACUUUAUCUGUAAAUGCAGGUUUGGACAUGACUAUGCCGGGAGAUAUCAUCCCGGUCUUGGGAGGAAGUUAUUUCGGCCUUGCGUUAGAAAUUGCCGUUCAGUUGGGUCAAGUAUCGGAAGAACGAAUCGAUGAUCUUGCAACCCGUGUCCUUGCAGGAUGGUACUUACUUGGCCAAGAUUCGCCUGACUAUCCUGCGGUUAACUUCAAUGCAUGGAUUCGCUUCCUUGGACAAGAAAUAGACGUCCAAGAUGGGCAUGGAAGUCUCAUUCGUGAGAUUGGGGGUGCUUCCACUGUCUUGCUGAAGAAUAAUGGGAAAGUACUGCCUUUGCAUUCACCUUCCACCAUUGCGGUUAUUGGAAGCGGUGCAGGUAAUUCCUCUAAAGGGCCUAACGGUUACAGCGACCGAGGUGGAAAUGAUGGAGUACUGGCAAUGGGCUGGGGCAGCGGGACCUGCGAUUUCCCGUAUCUCGUGGCGCCCCUGGAUGCAAUCACUGGUCGUGCUUCAGCGGACGGAACAACGAUUUCCUCGUCUUUAUCUGAUACCGAUACAGAUAAGGCGAAAAGUGUGGCGUCGGGAAAGGACGUCGCAUUCGUCUUCAUUACCGCAGACAGUGGAGAGGCCUAUAUCACUGUCGAAGGAAAUGAGGGAGAUCGGAAUGAUUUAUUCGCUUGGCAUGAAGGAGACGCUCUAGUCCAAGCAGUCUCUUCCGUCAACAACAACACCAUUGUUGUCGUCAAUAGUGUUGGUCCGAUUAUCACAGAGGCCUGGGUUACCAACGAGAAUGUUACUGCCAUAGUAUGGGCUGGACUUCCUGGGCAAGAAGCAGGCAAUGCUCUUGUAGAUGUUCUUUAUGGAGCAGUAAACCCGAGCGGCAGACUUCCAUACACUAUUGCAAAGAAUGCUAGUGACUACUCUGCUCAAGUGAUCUACAAGGACAACACCGAAAUUCAAAUCGACUACUCGGAAGGCAUAUUCGUUGACUAUCGGCAUUUUGAUCAGGCUGGCAUUGAGCCUCGCUUUGAGUUUGGUUACGGGCUAUCGUAUACGACUUUUGACUACUCGAACCUGAAGAUUAGUGGAUCUACUGCCGGUGGAAGUCGACAGCCCAAUGGCAAUGGUCAGUCUCUAGAUCCCUGGCUACAUGAGAAGGUGAUCAACGUAUCAUUCGCCAUUAAGAACAAUGGUAGCGUGGACGGUACAGAGGUAAUACCCCAACUGUACACCUCACCACCAGCCUCAGCCAAGUCUGCACCAAUGAACCUAAAGGGAUUUGACAACGUUCAGCUUGCUGCAGGUGAAUCGAAGACAAUUACAUUGCAACUUUCCCGCUUCGAUCUGUCCGUGUGGAAUGUCGAAACGCAGCGUUAUGAGCUACACGAAGGCGAAACGGGCAUUUCAGUGGGGGCGAGCAGCAGGGACAUCCGGCUGCGCGGCUCUAUCAAUGUUUGA